UUACACGCACACAUGUGAGACCCAGAUGCGCCGAGAAUGGAACUACGAUAGAGAAGAUGGAUGAUUUACCGGGUACCAUCGGCAGAGGGGUACCGGCCGUGAUUCGUGUUGAAACUAUUGUUUUUUGUUAGUGCGCCACUGCUGUUUUGGGGAUCGAAUUACCCCUGUGGCACUGGCAAUUAAAAUGUUUGACUCGUCGUUAUCUUUUGAUGCGAUCCUUUGUUUUUGUGUGGUCCCUGGCCGGAGAUAAUGGUUGUGAUAUAUUUAUUUAUGCUGCUUAUCACACUUGGUGAGAUAUUCCAAGGGUAUCUCGGUUUCUAGUAAAAUUCCUUUAAGAAAAAACGAUCUGGCUUAUAAUAAUCAACCCUGCAAAAAUCACCUCUCUUUUGCUAUAGUUUUUUUCAACGACUUUUUUAUGCGACAAAUCAAAUACACCCCUUUACGUGCCAUUCAUUAAUACACAAAGAAACGGGGGGUGAAAAACGAGCAUGUGACAGGUGCGGCCUUCCGUUUUCCCAGUUAAUCCCGGUUAAUGCGGUUUUUGUUAUCCCGUGGUAAAAAUAAUUAGCAAUUAGUCCUCGCGAUGGUCUCUCGCGUGAAAUAUUAGUUUCGAUCAGGUGCCGGGGGCAGGAACGCGAAUUUAUUUCGUUACUCUUCUAUUGAAAUUGGUCCCUCCUCUUUCGACGCGUUUUAACGAAUUUGCAAUUAAAAGUCGUACAAGAGGCUCCGCCUGGUCUGCGCCGCACCAUAGGCGCACUGGUCAAAUUCAAAUUGAAAAGACGUUAAAGUUAAUCGGGAAAUUUGACAUGGAGGAAGAUCCUGGUAUUCCCAUUGGUAUUCUUCGUAAACCAACCGUUCAGAUUGUCAUCUCGCGACAACCCUCAGUGACUUUUGCCGAAGGACCGAGAAGGAUGCAGCCAGAGGGUAAGUCCUCAUCGAAGCCCCGCACUCUUCCAAUGCCCCCCGUUGUCAAUUCAGAAGAGACGCGGAACUCUGAGGACGAAGAGGACUACUCGGCUAGCGUCAACGCUAUCAUCAAACGUCGCGCCUCCACCAGACGUUCCAGGAAGCACACGCGUAGAGCCAGCAGUCCGUUCGCUCCAGAACCCGCUGGACCAGAGCGCAGACGUUCUUCAGUCUUCACCACCAGCUCUGGAGACACCGCCAUCACCGUAGAUGAUAACGCUUUCAACGAGGUGACCCAAGAGGAGAUUUUCGAGAACAUUCGGCUGCACAAGGAGGUGCUCGGCCAGGUGAAGAUGCAGCCUUGGACCAUAAGGAAGAAGCUGAAGCUGGUGGUGCAGGCGAAGUCGUACAUCAAGAAGCACGAGGGGCAGCUGCAGGAGAGACUCGCGCAGAGUCACUCCACCAGGGAUAUGUUGGCCCGAUGGAACAUCAUGCUGAUCAAGAAGUGGCAAAAGUGGAAGAGGGAGCUGACGAACUUCUCCAUGUGGUUCAUCCCCUGGGAGCUGAAGAUCAAAGAGAUCGAGAGCCAUUUCGGUUCGGUGGUGGCCUCCUACUUUAUUUUCUUGCGAUGGCUCUUCUGGGUUAACAUAGUCAUUGCUGUGGUCAUCAUUUCCUUUGUAACCAUACCAGAGAUCAUUAUCGCCGAUCCGGAAGCAGCCAAAGAAAGGAAAUUCGUACUUCCAGAAGAAAAGUAUAACUCGACAAACCUGUUGACCCUAUGGGAUUUCGAGGGGCUCUUCAAGUACUCUCCCCUCUUUUAUGGAUGGUACACCAACAAAGACUUCAACGACUCCAACGUGCUUCUUAAACCCACACCGGCUCCAGGGGGCAGGAGCCAUCAUACCCCCGGAUACCGUUUGCCUUUUGCUUACUUCGUCACCGGACUGCUGGUGUAUGCCUACAGUUUCUUUGCCACCCUUAGAAAAAUGGCUGAAAACUCCAGGAUGUCCAAGCUAUCUGAGAAGGACGACGAGUGUAUAUUCUCCUGGAAGCUCUUCACCGCUUGGGACUACAUGAUUGGUAACGCAGAAACUGCCCAUAACAGAGUAGCUUCCAUAGUGAUGGGCUUCAAGGAAGCCUUGCUUGAGGAAGCUGAGAAAAAAAGGGAAUCCAGGAAAUGGAAAGUCAUUGGGAUCAGAGUGCUAGUGAACACCUUGGUAAUAUGCUUAUUCUGCUGCUCCGCGUGGGCGGUGGUACUGGUGGUGAAGAGAUCCACAGAACCUGGUGCCACCAGUACCGUGUGGCGCAGAAACGAGACCACCGUGGUCAUCACCCUCGUCACCUCGGUAUUUCCCAUGAUGUUCGAGGUGCUGGGCAUGGUCGAGCAGUAUCAUCCUAGGAAGCAGCUUAGGGUGCAACUAGCGAGGAUCAUGGUGCUGAAUCUGCUGAACCUCUACUCCCUGGUGAUCUCCCAGUUCGAUAAAAUAAGGGAUAUGGAGGUGGUGCUGAAUGCCAUCAGGGGAAACCUUAGUGAGAGCACUGCGCUAAUGCCGUCCGGAGUUUAUUCUACUGAAACAACUCUGGUUGAUUUCCAGUGUGUUUGUGAGGAGGUACUGCUGGGGGAUCAAGAAGUGGUGUUUAUGGAUCUGGUGGCUGAUGUGGCGAACAACUUGACAGAAAUGGUUGUUCCCAGGUUGAGCACCAUAAUGUCUUCUACUGAGGAAGCUUGGAACGUCACCACUGAUUUUCUGGUUGAAAAUGCUACUAAAGUAUUCGAAAACACUUCUGAACCCUUGUCUGCUGAAGAAGUUAAGCAGUUUUUUGUGGACUACUUGACUUACAUAUUGUCACCUUUUAGUAUGGAAAACUCUACUACAACUACUGAUUCAUCAUCUUCUACAGCAGCUCCAAACUUAACUAGCGUCACUUAUGACCAAUUCAAAUCGACAUUUUUACCAAUCUUGAACUUCACAGCUACCCCACAGGAGGAGCUGAGGUUUGAAACUGAACUGACCACUUUGUUUGAGGAUAUCACCACUGCUGUGUCCACUAUAUCCUCGACAGAAGAGUUUACCAGCACAACAGACUCGUUUUGCCAAAGCUACUGUAAGGAGGCGCUGCUGACCACACCCAGCAGCUCUACUGCCCUGGCCAGCUAUAACUACAACGAGCUGGAUUACGGUAAAAUGCUCAACUACACCAUGAACUCGAAGCUGAGGAGUCUCUGUUGGGAAACCAUGUUCGGACAAGAGCUAAUUAAGUUGACCAUUAUGGACUUGGGAGUUACUGCUGGAUCGAUUCUUUUUAUUGAUUUCUUUAGGGGGAUUUUCGUGAGGUACAUGAACAACUGCUGGUGCUGGGACUUGGAGAAGAGGUUUCCUUCUUAUGGUGACUUUAAGGUGGCAGAAAACAUUCUCCACUUGGUGAACAAUCAGGGAAUGGUGUGGAUGGGGAUGUUCUUCUCACCAGGUCUGGUGGUGAUCAACGUGGCUAAGCUCUUCAUCUUAAUGUACCUGAGGGCCUGGGCCGUCCUCACUUGUAACGUGCCUCACGAGAUUAUUUUUAGGGCCUCAAGAUCAAACAACUUCUACUAUGGCCUGCUGCUGAUGAUGCUGUUCCUCUGCGUACUGCCAGUGGGUUACGCGAUCGUCUGGAUCAAACCGUCGUGGCACUGCGGCCCUUUUUCCAAAUACAAAAAGAUUUUCCACAUUUUCACGACUACCCUUAAGGCUACCUUCCCGGAGUCCAUCAAUCGGAUUAUGGACUACAUAGCUUCACCUGGGAUAGUUAUCCCCUUACUGCUGCUCCUGGUGCUGAUCAUUUACUACUUGGUGUCUCUCACUGGGGCCCUUAGGGAGGCCAAUAAUGACCUUAAGACUCAGUUACGUAGGGAGCGCACGGAGGAGCGCAGAAAGAUGUUCCAACUGGCAGACAGAAGACGUCGUGGUGCCUCUGGAGAGUCCACUGAUCAAACGCCCUUCUCCAAAUGGAAGAAGCUGCUUGGAAACCUUCCGAAUAAUCGAAGCUGCGAGGAUACUCGUCAGGAGAGCGACGAUCUUGCUGCGAACCAGCUUAAUGAGAACCAAGAGGUCGAGAGGAGCGAAAACAAGGGAAGAGAUUUCUUUAGCAAGCUGAUCAAGAAGGCUCUGGGCAAGGCCUCUACGUCAGAGGACGAGCAGGAUGGCACCGAUACCGACCAGCACGACUCGCUGCCCUACGAUCACAAUAAGGAGCAACUGCUGGAAGAUUCCAGGGACUUGAAGGAGCUGCAAGGGAUUUUGAGUGCCUGGAGGGUACCUAAGAAGAGACGUGCCCCAGAAGCUGCGGAAACUGAUAAGAAACCACCCAUCGAUGAGAAAAUUAAGAAAGUUAUUGCAAGAGAUGAUUCAGCGUCCUCGAUCUGGUCCGACAAGAUCCCGGUGAUCACCAUAAGUAAAACGCGUAGUGACGAGGACGUUUCCGAAGCACCGUUUCGUCCCAGGAUCAAAUGCGCCCUGAUUAAACAAUCGGCUGCCAUAGACGAGGAUGUCAUAAUCCACUUCAGUAACGAUCUGCAGAGGGAGAAGCGGCAUGGUCAGAGGAUCCAGGAGCUGAUAGAUAACCCCCCAGGGUCCCCUGCAUUAUCGAGGGAUCAGAAGAACCUGAAAGGUCAGAAGAUGCAGGAGAUGAAAGGUAACCCUCCAGGUUCUCCUGGACCGUCGAGGGUUCAGAAAAACGAUCGCUCGGAGGAGGGAGGAUCAGAAGGCAGUGGAUCUGAUGACACGGAUUUUAAAGAUGGGAGCAGCAUCGAUACCAUCUUGAAUUCGCCGUUUUGUGGAAGUGAGGAUGAGCGGAAGUUCGAGUUUGACGCAAGGGGUGUGGGAGGGAGAGCCGCUGGGUCUCUAGAUGAAGAUUAUUGAGGAAUAAUAAAGGAAUUCUUGAGGGUUAAUAGAAGCUGGAAUUUUUCGAAAAAAAUUAGUCGAUAGGUGCCAGAAGUCAACAGAAUAAGCCAUAAGUCAACAGAAAUCCGAUUAACGCAAGACAACUCGUCCCUAGACAUUUUUUGAAAUAUUUAGGAAACUGUAACUGUUACAAGGAAAAUACCUAAAAUAAAUGUUGUAGAAAAUACAAUUUCCUAUAAUUUUACUUCCUAUAAUUUUUUUUAUAAAUUAAAUAGAAAUCGUGGUUUUUUGAAAAAACCGACCCAAUCAACGCAAGCCAA